CGCGCGCAGGAGGCUUGACGUCACUGAGGCGCCCUGGCUCUCCUGAGCCGCUGGCGAAAAAAAAAGAUGGGAAAAUCAGAUGCACAUUUACCGAGAAAUUGAUGUAAAAUGACCGCUUUUGCUGACGAUUUCCACUUGACAGAAGACCCAGUGUCGGCACCGAUUUGAGCCCCGGCAGACAACGAGAAAGAUCGGUGUCAUCCCUUGUAGCACAGGAUACCUCCUCUCUGACCUCUCUUGUAUCAUGAACGUUGUGCCCAUUGUCCCCAGUUGAAGGACGAUCACCGACAUAUUCGCUCCACUGGCGAGAGUCAAAACUGCAAAAACCUGUAAGGACACACUUGGGGCUGUAGUUCAGUUUUUGCGUUGAGCGGCUGUCUCCGAUUAAGCGGAAGAUGUACGGUAGCGCCCGCUCCGUUGGCAGAGGGGAUGCCAAUCAUAGUGGUGGAAGAGAUGGAGGCGGUGCUGGCAAUCAGGGAUCCGGCCGCUCCCCUCGCCUUCCCCGCUCUCCCCGGAUGGGACACCGUCGUACCAACAGCACCGGAGGCAGCGGAGGGGGUCCGGGAGGAGCAGGAGGGAAGACGCUUUCCAUGGAGAACAUCCAGUCCCUAAAUGCUGCCUAUGCCACCUCCGGACCAAUGUACCUGAGCGAUAAUGAGGUCGCCAUGGCGGGUGACCACCUCCCCAAAAGCGGUGGGACUGUGACGACCAUGGGGAGACAAAGGGUGACAUACGGGUCACGAGGUAGCAACAGCGGAGUUGUAGCCGCGAGCACUCCCAAUAUCUCCACCUCAGUGCCUGGCAAUGCGGUGCUGCCUGUAGGCAUGAUGGCUGGCGAUGCUCUAGCAUUCGGGGACCACCACAUGGCGUCCACAGUGCCCCAUUCUCUGAGGCAGGCCAGAGACAACACCAUACUUGACCUGCAGGCCCAACUUAAAGAGGUUCUGCGUGAGAAUGAGAUGUUGCGACGAGAUGUGGAGGUUAAGGAGAGCAAACUCAGUUCCUCCAUGAACUCUAUCAAGACCUUCUGGAGCCCAGAAUUAAAAAAGGAACGGGCUCUUAGGAAGGAUGAGGUUUCGAAGAUUAACGUCUGGAAGGAACAAUAUCGUGUUAUUCAAGAUGAAGCGCAGCAUCUCCAGAUGACUGUUCAGGCUCUUCAGGAUGAGUUGAGGAUCCAGAGGGACCUGAACCAGCUGCUCCAGCAGGAUCCCGCCAGCCACGGACGGGACCUGGCUUUGACAUCCGAACCCACGGAGGAGAACUACCGGCGGCUACAGGGCGAGUAUGAGAGGCAGGCCAAAGAGCUGUUCCUCCUUAGGAAGACCCUGGAGGAGAUGGAGCUGAGGAUUGACACACAAAAGCAAACCCUGGGAGCCAGAGAUGAGUCCAUCAAGAAACUUCUGGAGAUGCUGCAGAGCAAAGGGCCGUCUGCCAAGGCCUCAGAGGAGGACCAGGAGAGGACCAGGAGGCUGGCUGAUGCAGAGAUGCAUCGGCAUCACCUUGAGAGCUUACUGGACCAGAGAGACAGAGAGAUAACGGCACUAAGAGAGGAGCUGCACCGUCGAUACGAAGGAACCCCAGAGUCGACCAAAACUAAAGCUCUUCAGACUGUCAUCGACAUGAAGGAUGCAAAAAUCAACUCGAUGGAGCGGAGCCUGAGAGACAUGGAGGAGGAGCUGCUGAUGAUGAAGUCUAACGGGCUCUUGAGCUGCGAGGAGCGUCAAGAGGAGAUGAAGCAGAUGGAGGUGUACCGCAGUCACACCAAGUUCAUGAAGAACAAGAUGGAGCAGGUGAAGCAGGACCUCUCCAGGAAGGACACUGAGCUGCUCGGUUUGCAGACUAAACUGGAGACGCUAACCAACCAGUUCUCAGACAGCAAGCAACACAUCGAAGUCCUCAAGGAGUCCCUCACUGCCAAGGAGCAGCGUGCUGCCAUUUUACAGACAGAGGUGGAUGCAUUGCGUCUGCGUUUGGAAGAGAAGGAGGCAACGCUGAAUAAGAAGAGCAAGCAGAUACAGGAAAUGUCAGAGGAGAAGGGAACCCUCAACGGGGAAAUCCACGACCUGAAGGACAUGCUCGAGGUUAAGGAGCGCAAAGUUAAUGUGCUGCAGAAGAAGAUUGAGAACCUGCAGGAACAGUUGAGGGACAAAGAGAAGCAGAUGAGCAGCCUGAAGGAGAGGGUGAAAUCGCUGCAGGCAGACACUUCCAACACUGACACUGCUCUCACAACACUGGAGGAGUCUCUUGCAGAAAAGGAGCGCAUCAUUGAGCGUCUAAAGGAGCAGCGAGACAGAGACGACCGGGAGAAGACCGAGGAGCUUGACUGCAACAAAAAAGAACUGAAAGAGUUGAAGGACAGACUGAGCUUACUGCAGGGAGACCUGUCAGACAGAGAGACGUCUCUGUUGGACCUGAAGGAGCACGCGUCCUCCUUGGCCUCCUCGGGGCUGAAGAAAGACUCCAAGCUGAAGAGUAUGGAGAUUUUCUUGGAGCAGAAGAAGGAGGAAUGCCUCAAACUGGAGACCCAACUUAAGAGGGCUCAAAAUGCAGCACUGGAAGCUCAAGCCAACACUGAACUGUCUGAGCGCAUUAAAAACCUCGAGCAGGAAGUGGCUCGCCACAGAGAGGAUUCUGGGAAGGCGCAGGCUGAGGUGGACCGCCUCCUGGAGAUACUUCGUGAAAUGGAGAAUGAGAAGAAUGACAAGGACAAAAAGAUCAGUGAGCUGGAGAGUUUGACCUCCAGGCAAAUGAAAGACCAGUCGAAAAAGGUGGCAUCGCUCAAGCACAAGGAGCAGGUGGAGAAGAGCAGGAACGCUCGACUCGUGGAGGAGGCCAGGAAGAGGGAGGACAACCUGUCGGAGAACUCCCAGCAGGUGAAGGACACUCUGCGCCAGAAGUCGGAGCGCAUAGAGGAGCUGGAGGAGGCCCUGAGAGAGAGCGUUCAAAUCACCGCUGAGCGAGAGAUGGUGCUCGCACAGGAGGAGGCUGCCAGGUCCCUCCAGGAGAAACAGAAGCACUCAUUCAAACCAAUGCAUGAGUCCGACCUCGCCCACUUUAAGUGGUCUAAGAUGGAGGAGCUGCUGGGGGCCAUGGAGAAGGUGAAGCAGGAGCUGGAGUCCAUGAGGGCCAAGCUGGCAUCCACUCAGCAGUCUCUGUGUGAGAAAGAAGCACACCUCACAACCCUGCGAGCUGAGCGCAGGAAACACCUGGAGGAGGUGCUGGAGAUGAAGCAAGAGGCGCUGUUGGCUGCCAUCAGUGAGAAGGAUGCCAACAUCGCACUACUGGAGUUGUCCUCCUCUAAGAAGAAGAAAACCCAGGAUGAGGUGGCUCUGCUGAAGCGGGAGAAGGACCGACUGGUGCAACAGCUCAAACAGCAGACUCAGAACAGGAUGAAGCUGAUGGCAGACAAUUAUGAAGAUGACCAUCUGAAGACUGCACCUGUCCAGACAAAUCACAAACCCUCUCCAGAUCAGAUGAUACCCCCUCUUUUAGCCCUGUCCCAGAACCGCAGUAAGCUCAAACUCUACAUCGCCCACCUGACAGACCUCUGCCACGACCGGGACCCCAGCAUCCUCAGCCAACUCACUCCACCCUCUCACUACCACCACAGCGACCCUGAAGACUGGGAGAAGGAGCUCCAGAAGAUGAGUGUCCAACAGUUGGAGCAGGAGCUGGAGGUGUGUGAGAAGGAGAGCGGAGAGCUGCAGGAAUACGCCAACUCUGUUCUCCAGCAGAUCGCAGACUAUUGCCCCGAUAUCCUGGAGCAGGUUGUCAAUGCGCUGGAAGAGUCGUGCUGACAACUCUGACCUCAGACACAACCCGGCUGAGCCCAGGUGCCCCUACCUCCACCCAAAAAAAAAAAAAAAAAGGCUUUUGCAUGGAAGAGAGAACGUUGGGGCGCUAUCUGAUCCCGCUGGGCUCUUCUUCUUUGUCCCUCUCACCUACCCUGCAACAAACUUUCAGGACUCCUGAGUGCUUUCCUGUCUCGUACGUCGCUUAAUUGCAAAAUCUUUUGAGAAAAUAUUGUGAUCGCUCGCUGCAGAUGCUAUUUAAUUAUAGUGGGAGGCAACUAAUCACAUGUCAGAUCAACAGUAGUUAACUAGAGGGCACUGAGAAGUUCAGAAUUAGAAUUUGGGAAUGUGACUGUCGUCCUUUACGCUGUAAAAAUCACAUUGGACACAAGUUCACUGGGAGAGAAGGGAUAUGAGAAGAAAGACGCAAACACACGCACAAAGUCUUGGGGCAUACUGCCAACUUUCCUCUCCCUAGGCUGCUCCAGUUAAAGCAGCAAUCGACAAAUAGGGCAGAGUUACCUCACCCACAUUUCUUCUUUUACCCUUUAGAUUUCUCUUACAUCUUUGAGAUAAAAAAAAAUAAAUAAAGAGGUAAAUAUAUUACUUACAUGGGACAGGAAAGCACUUUUCGUCUUGGAGAAUCGGGGAGCUGCUACAUCUCGAGGGGGCAGAGAUGAUCAGGGUCCAGCGGGUAAAAACGUGGAGCCAUGUAGAAGUUUGUUUUGCGCAACACUUACGAAAUGCCACUUUUUAAACCAAAAUGAAAGCGUCACGUUUUCAGAAAUGUCUCCUGUCCCAGCUCUGAGCUGCGGCUAGGAUUAGGUUGUUAGGUACGCUACGGCGUCGUCUGUGGUUGAGUCACCGGCAUUAGAGGGGGGAUCAAGGCCCGACAUAGAUCAAAGAUCAGAUUUUAGUUACUACGUUCUCAAUGGACGAGAGAGAGGAUUUAAAAAAAGAAAAAGAAAAAGAAAAGCUUUUAUUAUUGGUGACGUGUUAAUUUUUUAGAUGGUUUUGCACACAACGUCCACUUGUUUAUGAGGUAUGCAAUGUUUCUUUUGAGAACGUUCUAGUGGCCUUGGAGCAUGCACAAAGAGCAGUACUGGACCUAACGCAGGGACACUUAGUCCUCUGCAAUACUGGUGCUAAGGCAUGAUGUGAGAACUUUCAAUCUGACACGCUGGUCAUUCAGUCUCAUCCAAAGUUUCUAUAGUUCUUAAACCCGCCUGAUCUUUCGUUCCUUGACUGAAUCACUGAAGAAAACAAGCGGCGGCCCCUUUUUUUUUUUUUUUUCUUGUAAUUUUUCAGAUCACUUCCCAGUGAUGCCUCUGUUGUUGUAUUUUUUUGAAAUCUUCAGGUUUGAGGUUUUUUAAUUACUAAGUGCAUCUACAUUUACAAGAAACGAGUCACUUUUCAGCAGAUUUUGACUUUUUAGAUCAGUUUGUAAAUAAUGUGAUAUUUAACACGUACAGUGACUGAAUAAAGGUAAUUAAGUGGAAGGUGUUGUGCAUUCUUUAAAAAAAAAAUAAUAAUAAUCUGAAAGCAGUGCAGUUGUCUUGUGUCUAAUUUUGUCUUUGGGACAAAAUGUGUGUGCGUGACAGUACUGCCAUAACUUGCGGAAAGUCAUGUUCUAUAGAGAUCUAUAUAAAUAUAAUACAUAUAAAUAUAUAUAUAUAUAAUGUUUACCGUAUCGAUAUGCAUUGAAUGUUUGCACAGAAUCUUGAAGAGCAACAAAAUGCUCUGAACAAAAUGACUGUCGAGUUAGUGUCCCCAGCACAAACUGAGGAAAGAGGUGUCAAAAAAAACAAAAACAAAAACAACAACUUUGUGUCAAAAAUAAUGUGUGAACUAAAAAUGUUUUCAAACGUGACUGUGUGAUGGGAGAGUACUUUUCUUGCAUUUAUUUCUAAUGGUCUUUUUUUUUAUAUAUAUAUACUUUCACCAGGUGGUGAUGUAAAUGUAUUAUCCAGACAUUUCAGUGUUGGUGUCUUUUUAUUUGUCGGUUGAUGUCAAAGGCAGGUCGAGCCUGAUGGAUAAAAACAAGCCCCCCUCCACCCCCUCCUGCUGUUACAGGAGAAGCACAAUGCUACACGACAAAACAGUGCAACGUGCGUCAGUAUACGUCUUAAAAUAGAUGCAUUUUCUAGCAAACUUCCCACAUGUCGCUGAUUUCCAGAUAAAUUUGGGAAGGGAGGCACGGUGGAAACAGAACACACCCCUUGUGUGUGGGCGUUGGAGGACGUUAGUCGGAGGCUUGUUUUUGUGCUCGUCAUCCUAAACCUCUUGAGUGGAGAUUAUUUCCAUUCCUUUAACCCCCUCGCUGUUGAGUUUGGAGAGAAGACAGCAUCUUUCAAAGUGUUUUUUUUUUUUUUUCCCCCCAUGCUUCGGCCUCCGUGUCCCUCCCUGCCCCCUUUGCCUUAACGUCUGAUCAUCUCUUUUUCCUCAACUCCUUACUGCGACACACACACAGCUGAUUGAGGGGCUUCUGUUCAGUUCACAGCAUUUUGUUUCAUCAUUUUUUUUUUUUUUUUUUUUUUGCAGACAAUGUACUGCCUUCUGUCUGUUCGUGUUAAGAAUCAAACUGUGUAAAAAGAAAAGCAAAACAGAUUUGUUUGUGAGUUACUUGGAUUUUGUAUGUAUGUAAAUAAAUAAAUUAUAAGCCUUG